CAGCCUCCACUCCACUCCCCACUCCCCACUCUCACUCUCCUCCAGCCACUGAAGCUCCACACUGAUCAACCCAGCUAGCUAUCCACCCACACACACACACAGAGACCUUCUUCUAGCUCUCCUCCAUUCUUUGCUUGCCAAAUGAUGAGCGGCAGGAUGAACAACUCCACGGGGAGCGACGACUUCCCCUUCGCCCCAACGCCGCCGCCAUCCUACGGCGGCUUCGAGCAGCGAGCACUGUACGACAGCUUCGACUUCGCCGCCGCCUUCCAGUUCCAGCACCAGCAAGAACACCACCAAAUGCUCUCACUCCCCCCCAACGCCAACACAAGCAACCUACUCCACCACCCCAUGGCUCCUCCCCCACCCCCAGCAGCCAUGUCAAUGCAGCUCCCAAUCCCCAUGCCCCAAAUGCACGGCCACGGCGGAGACGCCAUGAUUUACCCAGCGCUGGGGAUGGCCGUGAAGCGGGAGGGAGAAGUGGCCGAGGGAAGGAACAUCGGGCUGAACCUGGGCCGGCGGACCUACUUCUCCCCCGGGGACAUGAUGGCCGUGGACCGGCUGCUGAUGCGGUCCAGGCUGGGCGGGGUGUUCGGGCUGGGCUUCGGUGGGCCGGGGGGCCAUGGGCACCACCACCAGCCGCCCCGGUGCCAGGCGGAGGGAUGCAAGGCGGAUCUCUCCGGCGCCAAGCACUACCACCGGCGCCACAAGGUCUGCGAGUACCACGCCAAGGCCUCCCUCGUCUCCGCCGGCGGCAAGCACCAGCGCUUCUGCCAGCAAUGCAGCAGGUUCCACGUGCUCACUGAGUUCGACGAGGCCAAGAGGAGCUGCCGGAAGCGGCUGGCAGAGCACAACCGUCGCCGGAGGAAGCCGGCGACGACCAAUGGCACGGCGACAUCGGCGGCCAAGGACUCGGCGACGCCACCUUCUUCCAAGAAACCCAACAACGGCGCCGGUGGUGCCAUCAUCGGUUCCUACACUGUCGACAACAAGACUUUGAGCGCCGCCAAGUCGUCGACCAUCUCCUCCAACACCAGCGGCAUCAGCUGCCUGCAGCAGCAGCAGCAGGACCAAAGCAAGGCGGCGGCAGCGGCGGCGCUCACCCUCGGCGGAUCGCCGCAGGAUCAGAGCAACGCCGUGCACCAGCUCGCCGGCCACGGCCACGGCCACCAUCAUCAGGAGCAGCACUUCAUCACCUCACUCUUGCACAACAACAACAACAACAACAACGGCAACAACAACAACAUCCUGUCGUGCUCCUCGGUGUGCUCCAACGCAAUGCCGCCGCCUGCGACAGCGAACAACGGCGGUGGCGAGGUCUCCGACCAGAACAACCACCACGGCAACAACAACAGCAACAACAUGCAUCUGUUCGAGGUGGACUUCAUGUAGAUCGAUGCCACAUCAACCAAUCAAAGCUCUAGCUGCAGUCUGCAGAGAUCGAAGACCAUGCAAGCAUGGGAUCGAGUACUAGUCCUGUUUAAUUGAUUUUGUUUGUAGGUAAUUAAAAGAGAAACGAGAGAGACAGAGAGCAAAAGAAGGGUAUAAUCGUCCAAAGAGUGUCAAGUGAUCAGGUCUCUUCAGCUGCUGCUGCCCCCCAACUUCUUCAAGUGAGUGAAAAGAAAAGGAUAAAGGCUGUGCAGUGUGCUGCCUAGCUUAGCUUGCUUAGCUAAGCAAUGCAAGCCCCUCUUCCCUCUGACCACCCUGCAAGGCAUAGCAUGCUCCUGUACUGCAAAGCAAGCAUGCCAUCCUUCCUGCCUUUCUGUUUCAGUGAGGAAAUAAUGUUUGUGCUCUUCUUUUUAUCUUCCUUUUCUUUACUUUUCUCUUUUGAAAUUAGAGUUGAAGUAUCUAUGUCUGUCCCAGUCCUUUGUUGAAUCUCCUACAGUUAAUUGUUUAACAGAGAUAGCUCCAAGAAUUACUCUACCAUUUCAUUUCA